AGUUUGAUGGGCCACCAAGCACACUCACAACGCAACACUAGUCACUCACUCACUCUAUUAUUUCUCUUUUAUUAUUCCCUUCAACAAACACCUUUCUUCUCAUACAAAAUUAUCUCUCCCAUGGCUAUGCCUUCCUGAACUAAACUACUCUUCUUCUACAAUCCCCUUUCCUUUCAUUUCCGCCGACCACAAUGAGGAAUGCCCUUCCCAUUCUCAACCGUCAUCGCCGCCGUCUUCCCUUUACAACUUUGCGCCAUGGGAGCAUCAUAGAGACCAUAUUGCAGAAAUGUGGAUCAUUGAGAUAUAAAAAUGAUAUUUUUAUUUGGGGGAGUCCAUUGAAUCGGUUUCCCUAUAACUUGUUACUCCAGCAUUCAUAUUCUACUGGUUUUACCAGUGUUCAUGGUGAAGGAACAUCUGCAGAGUAUGCGAAGUUGCGGAAAGAAUCAUUAGAAAGUGAGUUUGGACAAGCUCUAGGGACAUAUAGCUCCAAAAGUUUUUCUUCUGUCUACCGUUUUGGUCCAUUUUUGGCUUUGUAUAGAGCAGCCAUUGUGUCGUUCCAUGUUGUUAAGCUCACUAUUUGGCAACUUUUUAUUCAAGAUGUUGAAAAACGUGCCAUCAAGUUUCGAGAAACUUUGAUCCGGUUGGGACCCUUUUACAUCAAGCUUGGGCAAGCUCUGAGCACGAGGCCUGAUAUACUACCAACUAUAUAUUGCAAUGAGCUUGCUAAGCUACAGGAUCAAAUACCGCCAUUUCCUACUCGUACUGCAAUUAAAUCCAUAGAAACACAAUUUGGUGUUCCAAUUUCUGAAAUUUUUGCUGACAUAAGUGCAAAGCCCAUUGCAGCAGCAUCGUUAGGGCAGGUCUAUAAAGCUCACCUGCACACUGGAGAGCUAGUUGCUGUCAAGGUUCAAAGGCCUGGUAUGACACUUCUAUUGACCCUUGAUGCCUUGUUAUUUCAUAUGAUUGGUGGCCAAAUGAAGCGUUUUGCCAAGGCCCGCAAAGAUCUAUUAGUAGCAGUAAAUGAGAUGGUAAGACAUAUGUUUGAUGAAAUUGAUUACAUUCAAGAGGCAACAAAUGCUGAGCGAUUUGCUUCUUUAUACGGUUUAUACCCUUCUGACACCCAAACGAGUCACCAAGAUUCUAAAGAAGGGGGAACUGUUCAUCAUAGAAUAGGAGAUCGUAUUAAAGUUCCAAAAAUAUAUUGGGACCUUACCCGCAGAGCUGUGCUUACUAUGGAAUGGAUUGAUGGAAUUAAGCUUACAGAUGAAAAUGGCCUGAAGAACGCCUGCUUGAAUAGAAGGGUUUUAAUUGACCAGGGGUUGUAUUGCUCUUUGAGACAACUGCUCGAGGUGGGAUUUUUCCAUGCUGAUCCACAUCCGGGAAAUCUGGUAGCCACUAAAAGUGGCUCACUUGCAUAUUUUGAUUUUGGAAUGAUGGGUGAUAUUCCACGACAUUAUCGUGUGGGGCUGAUCCAAGUGCUUGUGCACUUUGUUAAUCGUGACUCACUGGGUUUAGCAAAUGACUUCCUUUCCUUGGGAUUUCUUCCUGAGGGAGUUGAAAUAAAAUCGGUUUCAGAUGCCUUGCAAGCCACUUUUGGUGAUGGGUCUAGACAUUCUCAAGAUUUCCAGGGAAUCAUGAAUCAGUUAUACGAUGUUAUGUAUGAAUUUGAAUUUUCUCUUCCUCCUGAUUACGCUCUCGUAAUAAGAGCAUUGGGAUCACUAGAAGGCACUGCAAAGGUUCUGGAUCCUGAUUUUAAAAUCAUUGAGAGUGCAUAUCCUUUUGUGAUUGGAAGGCUUCUGGCAGACCCGAAUCCUGAUAUGAGGAAAAUUUUGAGGGAGCUUUUAAUUCGCAACAAUGGAUCGAUAAGGUGGAACCGACUAGAACGCCUAAUAGCAGCAAUAUCUGAACAAGCUUCUGCAUCUGCUGAUGAGCCCCCUGAUAUGGAUGAAACUACAAGAACUCGUCUCGGAUGGAAAUCUUUUGACAUGCAUUCUGUUGUUUCCGCCACUGAAGAUCUUUUACUGUUCAUUUUAUCGAGAAAGGGUCAGAGAGUGCGUGUUUUCCUGUUACGAGAUAUAAUUGAAGCUGCUGAUGCUUUUAUGGAUGAUGAAAUUGUUGGUUGCAUGCUAAAUGACACACUUAGAGCAAGAAAUUUCGAGGAGGAACAUGACAUGUUGAUGAGAGUCCUUAAUGGGUUUCAGUCUCUCCGACGAGCUAUGAAUUUGGCCCCGGAUAUCUGGACAGCGAUGUUUCUCCGAUUGGCAGUUAAAAGUGAGCUUCAUAACUUUGGAUUAGACUUAAUUUCAGCCUUAAUGAUUCAUUUUAGUCACAAAAUUCCUGAAACUACUUGGGUCUGUUUGUCAAGAUUACUACAUGAGUUGACCAAAAAAGACAGCUCAGUUGAACAAUGAUAUAAUCAGAUAGGUUUAGCCUUCUAACAAAAUUUUGCCACCAUUUUAUUUUUUCUUUUUCUUUCACUCAUUAUAAUUAGAUUUUGACACAUUAUUAGCUAACCAAAUAACAAUCUUUAUAAAGUUGUCAGACAAUACUUAUUCUUUGUUAAUUAUAUAAUAAAAAAAUGUGCUGACAUACAUGAUUCAA